UUCACCAGCCUCCCCGCAUUCUCAGCCAGGUGCAGUUCUAGGCGAGGCAGCUUCGGGAAAGCCACGAGAGGAGGGGCAGCCACGGCCGGAAACGCAGAAAGAGAGAAGCAAAGGACAGAAGGCGAAGGUGGAGAGGGGGAGAAGGAGGAGCUUCCUGCCCUCGCCAACAAAUUACCUGAUUGCUUAAUAUAUCCGAGACUCCGGUACUUGGGCCCCUACCUCUGUUGCCCGUAGCCCCCCAGCCAGCAGUCCUCUCCUCACCCGCCUUUCCUGUUUCAACUCGUCCCCCAGGGAUUGCCUGGGCGCCUGGACUGGCAUGAUCAGUUGAACUUUGCGGGGCCAGCGCUUCUCCCCGGCUUCCCCCCAGAGGCGCCGAGGCCAAACGAGCGCAGUACAGACUCAGGACGGAUAAACAGACGUCCAACCGCGCCCAGGCUUACCUGAGGAUCCCCUACACCCCUAGUUCCCGCCCGCGCAGCCGCCGGGACCAUGUCCAAACCUUCAGACCACAUCAAGCGGCCCAUGAACGCCUUCAUGGUAUGGUCCCGGGGCCAGCGGCGCAAGAUGGCCCAGGAAAACCCCAAGAUGCACAACUCAGAGAUCAGCAAACGCCUAGGCGCAGAAUGGAAGCUUCUGUCGGAGGCAGAGAAGCGACCGUACAUCGACGAGGCCAAGCGGCUGCGCGCCCAGCACAUGAAGGAGCACCCAGACUACAAGUAUCGGCCGCGGCGCAAGCCCAAGAACCUACUCAAGAAGGACAGGUAUGUCUUCCCCCUGCCCUACCUGGGCGACACGGACCCGCUCAAGGCAGCCGGCCUGCCCGUGGGGGCCUCCGACGGCCUCCUGAGCGCGCCCGAGAAAGCCCGGGCCUUCUUGCCGCCCGCCUCAGCACCCUACUCCCUGAUGGACCCUGCGCAGUUUAGCUCGAGCGCCAUUCAGAAGAUGGGUGAAGUGCCUCACACCUUGGCCACCGGCGCGCUGCCCUACGCUUCCACCCUGGGCUACCAGAACGGCGCCUUCGGCAGUCUCAGCUGCCCCAGUCAGCACACGCACACGCACCCGUCCCCCACCAACCCCGGCUUCGUGGUGCCCUGUAACUGUACGGCCUGGUCUGCCUCCACCUUGCAGCCCCCCGUCGCCUACAUUCUCUUCCCCGGCAUGACCAAGACUGGCAUUGACCCUUAUUCGUCAGCCCACGCCACGGCCAUGUAACCUCCCGCCCGCCGCCUGACCUGAAGGGCGGCCUGGAAGCCGGGUCUGCACCCAAUCUUUUGCGCCUAGUCCAUGCCCGCUGACUCUUCAGGGUCAGCCCUGCCACCGCCCCCCUACUCCACCCCAGACUCUGCCUCUCUCUUCCAAGGGGGGAAGGGAGGGGCGUUCCCCACCCCCCGGACCGAGGGCGCAGACAGGUGCCAGAAACUUGCAAACGUUAUGACAGCUACACAGCUGCCCUUACCAACUGUCCCAAAACAAACCUUCGACUGUACCCCCUUUGGACAAAAAAAAAAAAAAAAAAGUAGGCAGUUUUGCUUUAUUUAUGUCCCGUACUCUUCCCGGAUGGGCUUUGGACUCUGAAUUCCCAGAUGCUGGUAUUAUACCUAGAAUAUGCAUAUAUAUUUUCCUUUGCACCCCGAAGAAAAAAAAGGAGCUGUGUCUCUGUUUGCUAUCAGACACAACUAGACGCCAUUUGCUCUUCAUGUGUGUGGGGUAAGGCUAAAAACUUUAAAACUAAAGAAAGGAAAACAUUUCUAUUUAAAACCAUGUUAUGAUAGUGUUUGCUUCUUUAAAGGGAAAACUAAAAGGACCCACAUGGUCAUUUGUGUAAAGCAGUGCUCCUAGAGACCUAAGUUUACUUUUAGACAGGAUGUCGGGUUAUGAAGUCAGGAAGUAGAAAGUGAACAAAAUGAAAAGAAUAAAAACAUCCUAAAUGGUUAUAAAUGUUUUUGACGAUGUCUUGGAAAUGUACUUACUUAGAAGGAUUUUAUCUCCUUACUCUGUUCAUUUGUUGAACAAAGACGUUUUGAAUAAAGACAAUC